CGCAAAUUUUGCCGGUGAUUCGAAACGACAAAGAAAACAGCAUAUAUUUUAGCAAUUAGUCUGAGUAUAGAUCAAACAAACCAUGUCUGACUCAGAGGCUGAAAGUACCAACGAUGAGCCAAUGGAACUUGCUCCAACCAUUGAACCAACAGUUCUACUAAAGUCUCCACCAAAAGUGAGGAAUCCUCAGGAAAAUGCACAAUUUGAAGCUAAAAUUGCUACUGACCAAGGCAACAGAUUUGAGUUUUUACUCAAACAAACUGAGUUGUUUGCUCACUUUAUGCAGACUGGUGUCGGAGUCGGUAAGAGUAAAACACCAACAAGUCCUUUGAAGAUGAAACCAGGUAGACCUUCUCUGGCAAAACCUAUGGAAAAAUCCAAGUCAUCUGCAAUAGGAGAUCAUAGGCAUAGAAGAACGGAAGAAGAAGAGGAUGCAGAAUUAUUGACAGAAAGUAAAAAGUCCAAUAAUGUUCUUGUCAGAUUUGAGGAAUCUCCAUCUUACAUUAAAGCAGGUGAGAUGAGAGACUACCAGAUAAGAGGUCUGAACUGGAUGAUUUCAUUGUAUGAACAUGGUAUAAAUGGUAUAUUAGCUGAUGAAAUGGGUCUAGGAAAAACACUACAGACUAUAUCCUUACUAGGAUACAUGAAGCAUUAUAGACACACACCAUCACCACAUUUAGUUAUAGUUCCAAAAUCUACACUGUCCAAUUGGAUGGCAGAAUUCAAACGUUGGUGUCCAUCAAUGACAGCUGUCUGUCUGACCGGAAACCAAGAUGAAAGGAGUGUAUUUAUCAGAGAUGUUAUGAUGCCAGGAGAGUGGGACGUGUGUAUUACGUCGUAUGAAAUGUGUAUCAGAGAAAAAUCAGUGUUUAAAAAAUUCAACUGGCGAUACAUAGUGAUUGAUGAAGCUCACAGAAUUAAGAAUGAAAAAUCAAAGCUAUCAGAGAUUGUGAGAGAAUUUAAAUCAGCAAACAGACUACUGUUGACAGGAACACCUCUACAGAAUAAUUUACAUGAGUUAUGGGCCUUGUUGAACUUCCUGUUGCCUGAUGUUUUCAAUUCAGCAGAUGAUUUUGACUCUUGGUUCUGUGCUAAAGACUGUCUGGGUGGAGACAAUGAAUUAGUAUCACGUUUACAUGAAGUUUUGAGACCAUUUUUAUUGAGAAGAAUAAAGUCUGAUGUUGAGAAAAAACUACUUCCCAAGAAAGAAACAAAAGUAUUUAUCGGACUUAGUAAAAUGCAGAGAGAAUGGUACACCAAGAUUUUAAUGAAGGACAUUGAUGUUGUGAACGGAGCAGGAAAAUCUGACAAGAUGAGAUUACUUAACAUACUUAUGCAGCUGAGAAAGUGCUGUAAUCAUCCAUAUCUGUUUGAUGGAGCAGAACCAGGUCCACCUUACACAACUGAUAUGCACUUGGUAGAAAACAGUGGUAAAAUGGUGAUCUUACACAAACUGUUACCCAGGCUCAAGGAAAAUGGAUCUCGUGUAUUGAUCUUCAGUCAGAUGACUCGACAGUUAGAUAUAUUAGAAGAUUAUUGUUUCUGGCAGGGAUAUGACUACUGCAGACUGGAUGGAAGUACUCCUCAUGAUGACAGAACGAAUUCUAUCAACGAAUUUAAUGCUCCAGGAAGUUCAAAGUUCGUGUUCAUGUUGAGUACAAGAGCUGGUGGAUUGGGUAUUAAUCUGGCCACAGCUGACAUAGUAGUCAUAUAUGACUCCGAUUGGAAUCCACAAGUAGAUCUACAGGCUAUGGACAGAGCCCAUCGUAUUGGACAACAGAAACAAGUCAGAGUUUUCAGAUUUAUUGUAGAAAACUCAGUGGAAGAAAGAAUUGUAGAGAGAGCUGAGAUGAAAUUGAGGCUUGAUAAUGUUGUUAUUCAGCAAGGGAGAUUGCAGGAUAGUGCGUCUGCUAAACUUGGGAAGGAUGAAGUGCUGAACAUGAUCAGACAUGGAGCCAGCCAUGUGUUUGCAUCUAAAGAAUCAGAAAUUACAGAUGAUGACAUUGAUAGAAUUAUGGAAGAAUCUGAGAAAAAGACAGAAGAAAUCAAACAGAAAUUAGACAAGCUUGGAGAGAGUAGUUUACGUGGGUUUACUCUAGACACAGGAGAUAACAGUGUGUACCAGUUUGAAGGUGAAGAUUAUCGAGAUAAACAUGGUAAAGGUGGCAUGGGGAUGUGGAUCGAGCCACCCAAACGUGAGAGGAAAGCCAACUAUGCUGUGGAUGCCUAUUUUAGGGAGGCUCUACGUGUCAGUGAACCUAAAGCACCUAAGGCUCCUAGACCACCCAAACAACCAAAUGUUCAGGACUUCCAGUUCUUCCCUCCUAGAUUGUUUGAACUGUUGGAUCAAGAAAUAUACUUCUUCCGUAAAUCCAUCAGUUAUAGGGUACCAAAGAAUCCAGAUUUGGGUUCUGAUGCAGAGAGAGUAAGGAAAGACGAACAGGGUAAAAUAGAUAAUUCUGAUGUACUGACAGAGGAAGAGACUGCUGAAAAAGAAGAUUUACUACAACAGGGUUUUACUAAUUGGAGUAAGAGAGACUUUAACCAGUUUAUUAAGGCCAAUGAAAAGUAUGGAAGAGAUGACUUGGACAGUAUAUCUAGAGAUGUGGAAGGAAAGACUGCUGAAGAGGUAAUGGAGUAUGCCCGAGUGUUCUGGGAAAGAUGUAAUGAGCUACAAGAUAUUGAGAAGAUUAUGGCACAGAUAGAAAGAGGGGAAUCUAAAAUACAGAGACGUAUCAGUAUAAAACGAGCAUUGGAUUGUAAGUUAGCAAGAUACAGAGCACCAUUCCAUCAACUAAGAAUACAGUAUGGUACAAACAAAGGCAAAAACUACACAGAAGAGGAAGACCGAUUCCUUAUAUGUAUGUUACACAAGUUAGGAUUUGAUAAAGAAAAUGUGUACGAUGAGUUACGAACAGCUGUUAGACAAGCACCGCAAUUCAGAUUUGAUUGGUUCAUCAAAUCAAGAACAGCUAUGGAAUUGCAAAGAAGAUGUAACACUCUGAUCACAUUGAUAGAGAGAGAAAAUAUGGAACUUGAGGAAAAAGAAAAAGCAGAGAGGAAGAAGAAAACACCAAGAUCUGGAACACCAAAGAGUGGCAAAAGGAAAGCUGACACAUCUAUAGACAGAAGUAAACAAAAGAAGAAGAAAUGAACAUAACAAGACAUUUUAUCAUCAAUCUGUGAUGUUGACUGUAUUCUUACUGUUGUGAUUCUCAUCAGCAUUUUAUUUACAAUUUUUUAUUUGACUUCUGUCAAAGGUAGUGCUUUACAACUUGAUUUCAACAAGCCAAAGUACUAAUUGUUUUAAAGAUUGUACUGUGAAAAAAAUGGCAUCCAUGGCAAAAAGAACUGCAUGA